AAAGAUAGUGAAGAAGAAAAUAUUCCAAUUUUGACUUUUUACCAAUCUUUCUUGGACAAUCUAGAUUUCAAACCUGACAAAAAUGAUGAUGUCACCAAUAAUAUUACGGAAAUAAACAUUAAAGGUGUCUACUACUUGGUUGCUAUCUCACCUUGA